UAACUACUACACAUUCGGUCAUAGGCUUAGUGAUGACCGUAGUUGAAUCGUUGAAUUGGGUGUGUAGGCCUACCAACGUGAUGGAACAUAAGCCUGCACACCCAGUAGGUCCCUUAGGACCAGGAUGGAACAACUAUGCUGUAAACUUAUGAGCCAACUGGCCCUCGUGCCUUUUUCCUAGGUGGAAGAAUGUAUGGCAUUCUAGCCUAGACUCGUGGCUAUCGGACUGAGUUUUAUUGAAGAGUAGCAAAGGAUAGACGGAGACAGUGAAAUCAUCAUUGCAAUCAGAGGUAUACGGUCAUAAAAGAGAGAGAGAUGGUGGCAAAACCUCAACCAAGAGUUCUCAUAUGGGUCACCGUAGCGAUGGUGUGGUGUCAAGAUCUUUUAGAAGACCAACUUUCUCUCUCUCAGAUGUGUCUGGUGCCGUACAUGGCGGUCUUCCUUCCCAGGGCUUGGGCCAAUCCAUCACCGAUUCAAACCUGAUGUUUGAGUUCUUGUUGGGUGGAGUAGAGAUCGACAAAGACAACAACAUCGCUCUGCUGGACCUGGAGAUGGCAUCUAUGAGGCAGGGACGAGCUUUCCUGGCUCACAUCAACGACAACAUCCCCAAGACGCUCUCUUCUAUGGAGCAGAUGGUGAAGGACCUGGAGGACAAGAGAGGGCCUCUCCCUCUCGCCCAACCCCGCUUUGAGAGCCUCAUCCUGGGCAUGGUCUACUCUGCUCACCAGGCCAAGCUCCAGGAGAGAGAGAAGGACCAGGAGAAAUGGGGAGAGGUGCUGAUACGUCUGGCUAAUAUUACAGUCAACGAGCUGCGUAGACUGGAGACCAUCACAAUAUUCACGUAGAUUAAGAUACAGACUGUUCAUUAGCCUGGUCCCAAGAUUAUAAUUAUCUUUUUUUAAUACAGUGUACAAAAGGAUAUAUACAGUAACAGUCAAAAGUUUAGACACACCUCCUCAUUCAAGGGUUUUUCUUCAUUUUUACUAUUUUCUACAUUAUAGAAUAAUAGUGAAGACAUCAAAACUAUGAAAUAACACAUAUGGACCAAAAGUAACCAAAAAAAGUGUUAAACAAAUCUAAAUAUAUUUUAAAUUCUUCAAAUUAGCCACCGUUUGGUAUACAGAAGAUAGCCCUAUUUGGUAAAAGACCAAAUCCAUAUUAUGGCAAGAACAGCUCAAAUAAGCAAAGAGAAACGACAGUCCAUCAUUACUUGAAGACAUGAAGGUCAGUCAAUACGGAAAAUUUCAAGAAAUGUGAAAGUUUCUUCAAGUGCAGUCGCAAAAACCAUCAAGUCCUAUGAUGAAACUGGCUCUCAUGAGGACCACCACAGGAAAGGAAGACCCAGAGUUACCUCUGCUGCAGAGGAUAAGUUCAUUAGAGCUACCAGUGUCAGGUAAUCGGCAAUUAACUGCACCUCAGAUUGCAGCCCAAAUAAAUGCUUCACAGAGUUCAAGUAACAGACACAUCUCAACAUCAACUGUUCAGAGGAGACUGCGUGAAUCAGGCCUUCAUGAUCAAAUUGCUGCAAAGAAACCACGACUAAAGGACACCAAUAAGAAGAAGAGACUUGCUUGGGCCAAGAAACACAAACAAUGGACAAUAGGCCGCUGGAAAUCUGUCCUUUGGUCUGAUGAGUCCAAAUUUGAGAUUUUUGGUUCCAACCGCCGUGUCUUUGUGAGACGCAGAGUAGGUGAACGGAUCUCCACAUGAAGCAUGGAGGAGGUGGUGUGUGGUUCACACCCUGAAGCAUGGAGGAGAUGGUGUGAGGUUCACACCCUGAAGCAUGGAGGAGAUGGUGUGAGGUUCACACCCUGAAGCAUGGAGGAGAUGGUGUGUGGUUCACACCUUGAAGCAUGGAGGAGAUGGUGUGUGGUUCACACCCUGAAGCAUGGAGGAGAUGGUGUGAGGUUCACACCCUGAAGCAUGGAGGAGAUGGUGUGUGGUUCACACCCUGAAGCAUGGAGGAGAUGGUGUGUGGUUCACACCCUGAAGCAUGGAGGAGAUGGUGUGUGGUUCACACCCUGAAGCAUGAGGGAGAUGGUGUGAGGUUCACACCCUGAAGCAUGGAGGAGAUGGUGUGAAGUUCACACCCUGAAGCAUGAGGGAGAUGGUGUGAUGGUAUGGGGGUGCUUUGCUGGUGACACUGUCCGUGAUUUAGUUAGAAUUCAAGGCAUCCCAUCUGGGUUGAGCUUAGUCCCACUAUCAUUUGUUUUUUUAACAGGACAAUGACCCAACACACCUCCAGGCUGUGUAAAGGCUAUUUGACCAAGAAGGAGAAUGAUGGACUGCUGCAUCAGAUGACUUGGCCUUCACAAUCAUCCGACAUCAACCCAAUUGAGAUUGUUUGGGAUGAGUUGGACUGGAGAGUGAAGGAAAAGCAGCCAACAAGUGCUCAGCAUAUGUGGGAACUCCUUCAAGACUGUUGGAAAAGCAUUCCAGGCGACUACCUCAUGAAGCUGGUUGAAUGCCAAGAGUGUGCAAAGCUGUCAUCAAGGCAAAGGGUGGCUACUUUGAAGAAUAUAAAAUUGAUUUAGAUUUUUUUAACACUUUUUUUCGUUACUACAUGAUUCCAUAUGUGUUAUUUCAUAGUUGUGAUGUCUUCACUAUUAUUCUACAUCGUAUAAAACAGGAAAAAUAAAGAAAAACAUUUGAGUAGGUGUGUCCGAACUUUUGGCUGGUACUGUAUAUAUUUGUUUAAACAAAUUAUCAUCAGCAACAGAGGUAUACAGAACACCGGAAACACAAUUAAUACUUUGAAACACAGUGGAACAUUGUAAGACAUAUUUCAAACAUUUGUGGUGUCAAUCAUGCUUGUCCAUGUUUAUAUCCAUUCCAGCAUUUGCUUUGUUUGUCAAUGGAAGUUUUGAAUAAAAGAACAUGGUUCGAAACAACUAAAAUAUAAUAAAUCAAAUCAA